UUACAUGUUGUUUUAAUUGAUUGGAUACUUGUACUACGGUGUGGUGUUGUAACCGCUGUCGUUGUAAACAACUGUUUAACAUAUCUUGGAUUUUGUUUUUGACUGGCAUCAUUGUGAUGCGAGAUGCUAACAUUAACAAAAGUGAAAAGGACAUCGUUUUGCAAUAUGAUAGUGCGUAGAUGGAAAAGGACGGCGGUACAUACCAUAACUGCAGUAAUUCUGCUGUAUAUAUAUUUGAAUUGGACACAGGUAACUAAAACCAUGGUACACUCAUCUGAUCGCAGAUACACCUGGGUUUCGGAACAUCGGGAUGUUAGUGCCGUAAAUAAGGAACGGAUGGAGCGAAUUCACAAAGUGUGUUCUGCAAACAAGAAAGAGCUCCGAAGAUACGGAGAUAUGACUGAUACCUCAAAACACAUAUACAUCGAUGAAAAGCACAAGCUUACGUAUUGCUUCCUACUGAAGUCUGGAUAUACAUUCUGGAGUAUACUGUUUCAUAUUGUCAGAGGAGAUUUCAAUACCACUUCACCAUUCGAUCCAGCAAUAUUUCAUCAACGCGGAAACGGUAUUCCGUCUCUUCAUACAUUACCACUGAAGCAACGGUCAAUAUUUUUCAAUUCUUCCUUUUCCUUCAUGUUCACCCGAGACCCUUACAGUCGGCUACUUUCGGGAUAUACUGAUAAACUGUUUAUGCCUAAUAAUCACUGGCAUGAUGUAGCUCCAACAAUAGGGGAAAUUGUAAGACAUAAUCAUCAAGACUGCAUUCCUGAUCUAACAUUCAGUGAGUUUAUCAAAUAUAUAAUCCAUUCUGAAGAACACCGACAGCCACGCAACCCUCAUUUCCGUUUUGCCUUUGAAUUUUGUGACCCUUGUCAAUAUAAGUAUAAAUUCAUAGGCAAGUUAGAAACCAUAAAACAAGACACAAAAUACUUACUUGGAAAAAUGAAUCAGAACAAAAUAAUUCAAAGCUUGGAAAAAGAUUUCAAAGGACAAUACACAAAUUUUACAAUAAGAGAACGCAUUGAUAUCCUGUUCCGAAUCAAAGACAUUUAUCCUGCAUGUCAAGUAAAGUUUUUCCAGGUACAACAGAAAAUUUGGAAAGGGUUUCAAAUGAAUGGAAUAAUCAGCACGAGUUCAAAGUAUCCUAUCACAGAGGAGCAAAGUAACGCUAUUACGCCAGAUAUUUUUCAGGAUUUCGUGUUUAAAGCCAUAGGUGACGCAGCAGACGAGAAGGUUUCUCGGAGAAACAAAGAAGAAGCUAUGCUCGAGGCGUACUCCACCGUGGAAACAGCUGACAUGGAAAAAUUAAGUCGACUACUUCAGUCAGAUUGCGAAGUGUUUGGGUAUGAUUGUAGACCAAGUAAAUUAUUUAAGGACAGACAAUACAUCAAACCCUGGUACUUUGAUAUUGCCACAGCUUGAUCUGAAAUAGAUGAUUGGAUGUCACGUGGUGACGCAUUGUACACCGUACACCUCCAUUCGGCGUGAUUGAUAUAAGAUGUUUAUAUAACUUGUUUUGCAAUAGGGCCGGUUUUGCAAUGCAAGGUCUCACAUAACUAAUUCAGUCAAUCAACUGCUGUGUCACCUGAACCAACUCCCUGAGGAAUAUAUGUUUCUAAGGUUUGUAGCCAUUUCCUAAGUAAAUAACACAUGAAAUGGGUACUUUUUCUAUAUACGAAAAUAAAGAGUAGGGUCUUGAAAUUUUGAAAAUAAAAAAUAUACACUCAUGGUAUAAAUAGAAAGACGUGAAUUCAGGAUGUAAAAAGCGGGAAUUCCCCAGGUGGGAGAAUCACCUGUCCACUGUAAAUCUCAGGGUUACUGUCUUUCAAGUACUGGUGUGCUACAGUGUAUAUGCAAUUAAACCUAUCCAACAAGAUCAUUUUUUUUCUGGUAGGGAAAUCUUUAAACUUUAAUUUGAUAUGAAUUUCAUAACAUUUAAACUUCAAAUAAUUAGUUGUACCAGACCUGCAACUACAUGUAUUUUGAAUUUUGAAUUAUCUAUAUUGAUAGGCCGAUAGAGGGCGGGUCGAUUUGCAGUUUUGAGAACCCCCCCUCGGGCAAUACACGUUUUUACAAUGGGAGAACGUGGCAUGUGACAGGUAUAUAUGUUUAGGGAAGUUUGCUUAAAACUUAUUUGUAAUGUAGUAUGUACAUUGUCUGAUGAAUAUGCAUUUAGAGAUGAAAAUAAAAAUUUAAAAUAAAACUGUGCAACAUGUCAUUAAAAUGCUCUACAAGUAUAUUACACAAGUACAUGCAAUGUAUCAGAUACUGAUGAUCAAGGUUGCUGAGGUGGGGAUGUUUUAAUCAAACCGUUCUCAUUAGCGAUAUACGCACACACCUUUAACUACGAAUCCAUGUAUUUCAAUUAUCGUAUUGGCACUUACUGAGAUUAAUUUGUGAUUAACCGCGUUAAUGUUCUAAUUCACCAGUUCAAACGAACAUAAAUUAUUUAUCAAAUAAAACUCAACACGCUGUGUUCAGAAUACCGCUUACUGUAGCUGACGCUAUUUACUGGGCACUCAUUUUCACAACAAAAUACCAGGACAAUGUCCGUAAAUCACACACUAUACCGCCAUAACAGUCCUUGCUGAUCCCGACCUCUUUACCACAUCCUUGUCCGGCUUACAGACCUGUAACACAGAAAACAAAACAAGAACAACUUCUCUUUUUCAACACAAAUUUAGUGGGCGGGGAGGGGGAUAUCACUCUAGCGUCUGUCGAGGUGCGCUGCAAAAGUUCGAAUGACCCACGUACAGUACCUAGUACACCUGCAUACAGGUAAAGCACGUGCACCUCGCGCCACGUUACCCAAACACCCAAUGCCCUAUAGCCACCCACAGGUGCCCUUCACUGUAAACCAGUGUAGAACGUAACAUUGAUAAAUUCAAAUAUCCUGUAUUCUGUACAUACAACUUAGGUAAUCAGUACCGAUGAGCUAAAGGGUUUUAAGAUAUUGAUGCUAAAAAUCUACAUAUACCGUCGUAAUGAUAAAGUUUACGGCAUAUGGCAUAUUUUAUGUUAUGAAAAAUAACAAAAUAAAAUUUAAAAUGAUAACUUUUGGAUUUUAAAAACAUUUCUUGCACAAAUUAAAAAUAUCCAAGAGCUGUCAUUUUAUACAAAACUUUCUUGAAAGAUACAUAUCGAAAUUACUAGAAGGGUUUGAUAAUUCCUUAUGUAUAGAAAUUGUUCAACAGACAUGUUUUACCUUCGCUGCAUGGUGCCGUAUCUGGAUGGUUAUUCCAAAACCUCUCGUUAUAUCUUAAGCUUAAAUAUAACUAAAGGCAUACAUUUACUCCUAGUGAAAUUAUGCUUGUGUCUAUUGCAUACAUGUAUAAUGACAUAUUGUGUUAGUAUUGUCAGUAUUGGCUUUGUGUACUUAUAUUCAUGAUAUUCGCAUAACAUUACGAUGAUUGCAAGACAAAAUUGCCCAAAUCGUCAUCCGUAAAAACUCCAGUGUCCAUUGUGGAGUUACAUAUGUUAUUGUCUAUGGAUGAUAUAGAUAUAGAUGCAGUCACAUGAGGGUGAUUGCAAAUUACUUACAUAACGAAGUUCAAGGUGGGAUGCAUGCGGUACAUCAGUUAUGGCAUGAUUUCUCGUCACUCGGAAUUUAUUACAGUCUCGUUUCGAGUGUUAUAAAUCCUUUAUUACUGGAAAGCCAUGCAAUAACCUAUACUUACCUUUGCAGUAAUGUACAAUGUGUCACUGACUAUUUAUCCAUGUGCGAAGUGGAUUGUCAAACAGUGAUUGCAGGUGAGAUAUAAUACAAACUUGUCGUCUGUCAUGUCUUCCAUUGUUAACACGCGUAUCGCCCAGGGGGUUUUCUAUCCGGAACUGUAAAUCGGCUCGCCAUCUAGCAGUCUACCAAGAAAGAUAACUCCAAAUGAAAUUACGGAGACUGCCCAUUGUCGCAAAAUAAAUAAAGUUAACGUUUGAUCUGUAGGGAUACUUUCGAAAUAUUUACCUAUUUUUUAUAGGAGCAGCACUUAGGGGCGUCCUUUUUAAGGUAUACAAACAUAAAACUAAGUGUCCGCUUGUUAUUGGACGUUUCAUACAUCUUCAUAAAGUAUUUCUACAUCAUAAAGAAGGUAACUGCUGAGCUAAUUCUACAUACAAAAUGUAAUUUGUCAUUGAUGAAAUAAGCGACACACGUACGGAAAUACAAAUGAACCAUAUUCCUUGAAUAGUCUUAUCAAGUCCCUAAAACGAUUUUCUUUUUUUUUCUUUUUUUUGAGUGUUUGUUUUAUUCCAGUAAAUACAUUAUCGCAAUCAACUGUCGACUCUUUCUGAUUAUAGAUUAAUUCGUGGUCCGUUGGUUACAACUACGCUGGAAAAUGUAAGGAAAUAAUGCCACUGGCAGGAUUAUAAAAUGACUUCACUGUGGAUAUCAAUGACGGUUUCCUGUGCUCAUCAUUUUGUAAACUUUAUUAUUGUAAAACAAAUGCAAAACAAGUUACACCAACUUAUAUUAUUGAUCACUCGAGUAGCCAAGGAUUGAAGCGCGAUAUAAUCGGUAUUGAUAUCAAGUUAUCUGCCUUGAUAGACCGCCAGAGGGCAGGGCCGAUUUACAAACAUGUGAAAGCAGACUGGAUUGGAUAGUUUCAGACUUGCUCCUUAUAUAGGUGUCUUAAAUUGUGUGUUCUCGUGAAAAUAUUCUAGUGUCAUCAAUCUGGACAUCAGAAUGACUUUUUACGUGUAGUGCUUUUUUUUUACUUUAUGUUGGUUUUCUUCCAAACUUGUGUAACAUAUAUGGGACUAUAUUAUUCAGCGGAGUAAUGAUAAUACGGAAAGUAAAUAGAAGGAGCGGCAGAUUUAAACUGACAUCAGUAAAGUUGAGAACAGAUGAAAUAAAUAGAAUACCCUUUUUUUUCUUGAUUAAUUACAUUUAUAUUUCAUCUCUUGUGGCUUCGCACUCGUGAAAAAAUGUCAAAGUGUUCAUCCCACUCAAACUCCUGUUAUUCAAUAAUCAAGGAAUAUGCUCUAUGUACUUUGCUUUUUCGCGAAAAAAAAUGAAUUUUGUACGUUUUCACUUCUGUGAAAAAAAGCGUUUUAAGUGAAUUAGUUGCCUAUUGAUUUGAUGGAUUUUACCUAUCUAGGCGAAAGCUUAUAUGCGUAUACAUUCAUAUGUCUGGGUAUUUUGUCGUGAAAAUUUGCUGCCAUGAAAAUGUAUCCUUUCUGUUUUGGUUCAGUGAUUCAAUAUUGUGUAAAUUAAAACUUCUAUGAAAUAUGUUA